AUCUGGACAGCCUGUGUUUUGUGACAAUUCGGGGCGUUGCUGAAAAGGAGGGAUAGUCUAAUAUUUAUUUAUGACGAUUUAAUAAUUAACAUAAUUUAUUAAUGUUGAGUUCGGCCCUUUUGGGUACUUAUUUUAUGUCAUAAUGUAUCCUAGUUUGCUGCAGUUGUAAUAAAAUAUAUUCUAAAUAGAUAAACAAAAAGAAAUAAUUGUUCAUUUGCACGAUUCUUUGGAAUUUCAACCAUAUUUGAUUUCCUGGUCCCCGCCAUCACAUGUACAGGCCCCGGCUCUAAGGUUUCGUGAAUCCCACGGCCUUCCCUGCCGACUCAACAUGGAUACGGAUUCUAAUGAUGGAAGUGCUACAGAUGUUGUGGACGGUGAAUCCAAGCCUGAUCUGGUGAAGCUAGCCCAGUCGGCCAUAAUCAAACAGGAUGUUAUGCUCUCAGCUACAAGCACACAGUCUCCGCUGGCUCCAGUCUCAUCAGUCUUCACAAUGCCCUCUGUUUCAUUACCACAUGUGUCAAUGGCCAGUACCGGGCUUGGCCUUGCUGACCAGCUGUUCAUGUCUGUGCCCUCUGUGGCAGAUACUGCAACCACACCUUCAGCCACAGAAUCUAAAACAGACAUAGCAGGGGCUUUGUCUUCACUUUCAAGUCAGACCCAUUUACUUGGCCAGCCUCAGGUAGCACCUCACUUUUUCUUAGCCAGCCAGCCAUCAGCGUCUGCAUCAACAGGCCAAACAAGCCAUACAGUACCGGUUCAACAAAUUCUUAUUCCUGUUUCAACUGGAAAUGGAACUCAGCAGUUUAUAAGCAUCCCAGUUUCUCUUGCAACAGGAGGAAAUCAACAAAUUCAACUGAUCACAACCAAUAAUGGUGGACAGUUCUUAGCCACAAAUUUAUCUAGUCUACAGAGUCUAACUCAGCCUCUGGGGUCCAAUCGUGAUGCACACAGUAUUUCUCAGUCUAGUCAUGCACUUGCAAACCAUAUUGCUUCAUUACCACAGCUGCUCACCACAGCAUCUGGAGGUCAGUUAUUAGCAGUAACUCCUCAGAUGCUGGCAUCUUUACCCAUAGCAACAAGUCAGUCAUCUUCAUCCGCCAAUGCAGUUAGUUUGUCAUCUCAUUCUUUGAGUCAUUCAGCUGUGGCCACAGCACAGCAAGUCCUUCAGCACACCUUAUCUCAGGCUGUGGCUGCCAGUGUAACCUCUAAGUUGGCACAACAAGCACACAUAACUUCCUCUACGAACGGUCUUCCGCCAAAUGUUUCACAACUUUUGCCUCAUACUGUUGGUAAUUCAACAGAAAGUACAACAGUUGAUGGCAUAAAUUUAGAUGAAAUUAAAGAAUUUGCAAGACAGUUUAAAAUCAGACGCUUGUCCCUUGGUCUAACUCAAACACAAGUGGGUCAAGCCCUAAGUGCAACUGAAGGACCAGCUUACAGUCAGUCUGCUAUUUGCAGGUUUGAGAAACUCGACAUUACACCAAAAAGUGCUCAGAAAAUAAAACCUGUGCUAGAGAGGUGGAUGGCAGAAGCUGAAGAAAGGUAUAAAAAUGGUGUGCAAAAUUUGACAGACUUUAUUGGAAGUGAGCCAAGUAAGAAACGUAAAAGGAGAACCUCUUUCACACCGCAAGCUUUAGAAUUAUUAAAUCAAUAUUUUGAAAGGAACACACAUCCAACAGGAACAGAGAUGACAGAGUUGUCUGAAAGAUUGAAUUAUGACAGGGAAGUAAUAAGAGUCUGGUUCUGCAACAAGAGACAAGCCCUGAAAAAUACCAUAAAAAAACUCAAGCAAGAUGGACAAUGACAAUUACUGAGCACCUGAGGGUGGGAAGGGUCUUAGCUACAAUUGUUUGUUGCAAUAAAUGUGUACAAAAGGGGUAAUGUUUUCAUUUUGAUUGAGUGAGUGCUUUAUUAAUAAACAUGUGUCCAUUGGCUACCUCUGUCCAUGAAAAAAAAAGAAUAUUAAAAAUUUUAAUGUAAGAUGUCUUACAAACAGUAUUGACAUCUCUAUUGGAGUAGAGGGUUUGAUUGUCCCAUCUAUUGCUUUGUUUUUAGUGUACCCUUGUAGACCAAACCACUGCCAUUGAUGGGAGCCAUGUAAAAGACUUACUGAGAAUAUGUGAGAAAGAAAUAUGAGGAGUGGGGAGGUGGCAGCUUAUGGAGCACCUAGUCACUGUAUGACUGAUUCAGUUGUCUUAUGAUAUAUGGUGCCGGGAUGAUACUAGUGCAAUUUUAAAUGAGUUGGUUUUGGAACAUGUCCAUACUGUGUAAAUGAAUAAAUUUAAAUGCACAAAGAUCAAAAGCUUGUGAUCAACAGGUUUUUUAAAUGUUAUUUUGUUGUUUUGAAAAUUAAACUCUGCAAUAAGUAAAAAACAGAAAGUUAUACUUAUGUAAAUAGUAAGCAAUAUUUUUUUUUUUAGUUUUCUUAGAUUGAAAAGCAUUGCUUCAUUAUGUAUAAUUUAAGUCCUUAGAACAACUGUUUAAAAAAAAAUUGGUCUAUCCAAUAAAAUAAGCUAACAGUAAUGAUAGCAUGGGAAGAAUGAUCAACUAAAAUGUGUGGCUGCUUUUUUUCCCCCCUGAAUUGAUGUUAUUUUUGUAGAGCUUAACUGUAGCUUUUUGUAGAUCCACAUUCUUUUAAACACAGACCUCAACUUUUGUUUGAUCUGUGCUU